AUGAGCUAUAUUAGGAACAACAGUGUAAAGAAAAACCGGAAACGGAGAUCGGAUUGUGUACAUGCAAUGGGACUCCUAGUUCCAGUUGUACCUCCCGGGACACUGGCUGGUGGAAGACCGUCAGUCCGGGGCAAACCAGAGAUCCCCCGUGGUUCCACGGCUGGUCUGCCAGGAGCGAGUCCUCUAACAACGGCCCCCCUAGCCGCCCCCCUCCACCCGGCGACCCGACAGAGGGAGGCACAAGCACUUGCGCCCCCACAACACGCAUCGUUCUUACGCAGGACGUCGACUGGGAGCGCCAGUUCCGGGGAAGCACCGGCACCGUCGCCAAGUCCAUCCGGGACAAGCCAUUCGGAUAAAGAUCAAGAUCCACAGGAAAAGAUCGAGAAGUUGGAAGAAGACAAGAAGAGAAGACUGCAGCUUUACGUUUUCGUGUCAAGAUGCAUCGCUCAUCCUUUCAAUGCGAAACAACCGACCGACAUGACGCGGCGUCACACGAAAGUAACCAUGCACCAACUGGAAACUAUACAAGCCAGAUUCCAGGCUUUCCUCAAAGGGGAAACCCAAAUUCUAGCGGACGAGGCCUUCCAAAAUGCAGUCCAAGCGUACUUCGACAUCUUUUUAAAAUCUGAAAGGGUCGAACAAAUGGUUAAAGCCGGCGCUUGCACUCAUAAUGACUUUAGAGAGGUCUUCAGAAACAAUAUUGAGAAGAGAGUCAAUGAAUGUAUCUUCAAAUCGCAAGCAGAAAUCGACGGCCUGACAAAAGACACCGUGGUUACCACGUGGCUAGCCAAACUUGACUGCAUUAUGAAAGGAACCGGCGUACCAGGAGACGAUGAAUCGAAACGGCCGUCUCGAGCCCAGCAGCAGAGUCUCAACGCCGAGUGCAUCCUCAGCAAGGAGCAACUGUACGACAUGUUCCAACAGAUACUGGGAGUGAAGAAAUUUGAGCAUCAAUUACUAUUCAACGCACUUCUUCUGGAUUCAGCAGACGAACAAGCAGCAGCCAUCAGACGAGAACUGGAUGGAAGAAUGCAGAAAGUUAACGAAAUGGAAAGGAACCGUAAGCUGAUGCCGAAGUUUGUGCUGAAAGAAAUGGAGUCCUUGUACAUUGAAGAGCUGAAGUCGUCUAUCAACUUGUUGAUGGCCAAUCUUGAGUCACUCCCUGUCUCAAAAGGCGGGGCGGACUCAAAGUACGGCCUUCAUAAAAUCAAGCGGUAUAACAACAGAUCACAAGGAUCUCUAGCCAACAAACUGACUGGCGAGGGAGACGGCGGUGAUGUUGACACGCAGCUUACCAAAAUGGAUGUAGUUCUCACAUUCCAAAUCGAGGUAGUUGUUAUGGAAGUCAAGGGUUUGAAAUCUUUAGCGCCAAAUAGGAUUGUAUACUGCACCAUGGAGGUAGAAGGUGGAGAUAAACUACAGACUGAUCAAGCGGAAGCAUCGAAGCCUAUGUGGGAUACUCAAGGAGACUUCAGUACAACUCAACCGCUGCCCGCUGUUAAAGUUAAGUUGUAUACGGAGAAUCCUGGUGUACUGGCAUUAGAGGACAAAGAGUUGGGGAAAGUUGUUUUGAGGCCUACACCCUUAUCCAGCAAGGCACCAGAGUGGCAUCGGAUGACUGUGCCCAAAAACCUUCCUGAUCAAGACCUUAGAAUUAAAAUUGCUUGCAGAAUGGACAAGCCACUGAACAUGAAACAUUGCGGUUACCUGCAUGUAAUCGGAAAGGCUGUGUGGCGUAAAUGGAAGAGGAGGUACAUGGUUCUGGUCCAAGUGAGCCAGUACACGUUCGCGUUGUGCUCAUACAAGGAUAAGAAGUCGGAGCCAGCUGAAAUGAUGCAACUAGACGGUUUCACUGUGGACUACAUCGAAUUGGCGAGUGCUCAACUAAUGGUUGGACAAGAGCUCGAAGGUGCUAAAUACUUCAUGAAUGCUGUGAGGGAUGGGGAAUCAGUUCUGAUGGGAGUAAGCGAUGAGAACGAAUGCCACUUGUGGGUUAUGGCCCUGUACCGGGCCACUGGGCAGAGCCAUAAACCAACCCCUCCGACCACGUCAGAUACUCAUAUCAAAAUCAUGGGAGAUGCAGAUAAAGCAAGAAAGCACGGAAUGGAGGACUACAUACAGGCGGAUCCUUGUCAGUUCGAUCACCAUCAGCUCUUCUGCACUCUGCAGUCGCUGACGCUUAAAUAUCGGCUGCAAGAUCCUUAUUGUUCCCUGGGUUGGUUCUCGCCUGGUCAAGUAUUUGUCCUGGAUGAAUACUGCGCGAGGUAUGGGGUCAGAGGGUGCUAUAGACACCUGUAUUACCUUUCCGAUCUACUAGAUGUCGCUGAGAGCGCAACACAGAUGGUGGAUCCUACCCUCAUGCAUUACUCCUUUGCGUUUUGUGCCAGCCACGUACAUGGAAACAGUACUGCCACGUUGCCUGGCAGGCCCGAUGGUGUGGGCAGCAUCACGGUCCAGGAGAAGGAGAAGUUCGCGGAGAUAAAGGAGCGGCUCAAGACGCUGCUGCAGCAUCAGAUCACCAACUUCAGAUAUGCGUUUCCAUUUGGAAGGCCGGAGGGGGCUUUGAAGGCAACGCUGUCACUGUUAGAGCGAGUGCUGAUGAAGGAUGUGGUAACACCAGUCGCACCAGAGGACGUCCGAGCCAUGAUACAGAACUGCUUAGAGAACGCAGCGCUACUGAACUACCAACAACUUAGUCAGAAGGCUAAUAUCGAAGAGGACCUUCGUGGCGACACCAUGGUGACUCCCGCCAAGAAGUUGGAGGACCUCAUUCGCUUGGCGGAACUUUGCGUGGAUCUUUUACAGCAGAACGAAGAACACUAUGCCGAGGCGUUCGCGUGGUUCUCCGACCUUUUGACAGAGCACGCGGAGAUUUUCUGGGCGCUGUUCGCCGUGGACAUGGACAGGGUUUUAGCUGAACAACCCCCCGACACCUGGGAUUCCUUCCCAUUGUUCCAAAUCCUUAAUGAUUAUUUGCGCUCCGAUGGUAAGAUGAAAGAAACCUUGAGGAAUGGCCGCUUCCACGAGCACCUCCGGGACACGUUCGCCCCGCUCGUCGUCAGAUACGUGGACCUCAUGGAGUCUUCCAUAUCUCAGUCCUUGCAUAAGGGCUUUGAAAAGGAACGCUGGGAGAUAAAGGGAAAUGGCUGCGCCACCAGCGAAGAGUUGUUCUGGAAGUUGGACGCGCUACAGAGCUUCAUCAGGGACCUGCACUGGCCUGAGCCAGAGUUCAGGUCACAUUUGGAGCAGAGGCUGAAGCUUAUGGCUAGUGACAUGAUGGAGACCUGUAUACAGAAGACAGAGGCUUCCUUUCAGGCGUGGCUCAAGAAGAGCGUCACCUUCAUGUCAACGGACUACAUAAUUCCAGCAGAAAUUUGCGCUAUGGUGAACGUAGCUCUGGACGCCAAGAACCAAGCUCUGAAGUUGUGUGCCGUGGAGGGGGUGGAUAUCUACCAGUACCAUGCUAAAAUGGAUGCCCAGAUCGAGACGUGUCUGCACGCGAUGGCGACUGGCAUGACGACGAGGCUGUCCGCGGUGCUGGAGGCGACCCUGGCUAAGAUCGCCCGCUUCGAUGAGGGAAGUUUAAUUGGGUCGAUACUCACGAUUGCAAACGUGUCCGGAUCGGGGAAGGACAUCGGCCAGGGUUACGUGAACUUCAUGAGAAACUCCAUGGAUCAAAUCAGAUCAAAGGUGACAGACGAGCUAUGGAUCCUACAGCUGUUCGAGCAGUGGUACGGAGUUCAGAUGAACCUCAUCGGGAACUGGCUUCAGGAGAGACCAGCGUUACACCCACAGCAGGUGGCCUGCUUGUCGAUUGUUGUUAAGAAAAUGUACAGCGACUUCGAGCUUCAAGGCGUGAUAGAUGACAAGCUCAACUCGAAGACUUACCAAGCUGUUGCCUCGAGGAUGCAUACGGAAGAAGCUACUUGCAGUCUUCUGCUGGCACAACAGGAUACUGGUGGUGGCGACGAGGGAUCGGAAGAUGGAGGUUCCAAAGCCGGUAAAUCUAAGUUGGAGUCAUUGACAGAGGAAGCCAAGCUUGGGAACGUCUCUGCAGUUGUCGGAAAGGUCGGCAACAUGUUCGGAAGAGGCAUCGGAGAGUUAUCGACAAAAUUGGGAGGAGCUUCGUCUUGGUUUUAG